AUGGCGGGCAGCGAAGUGUUUCGAUCUGAGUGGCUGGCGGUAAGCAUACCUUACUGCAAUCCUCGGGUAUCAACUCAUCUGACCUCUCUACAGUUCGAAGAAGAACUCGGCUUCCGUCCUCUCCUCCAUGGCCCUACGUACGAAGGUCUCGUCAAGCAGAACACUGAGAUCGGUCUCAAGCUCGUGGAGCGAUACGACUUCCCGACAGCGGACCCCUCAGUCUCUACGGCUGAAGAGAAGACAUCGAACGGCACGCGAGUCAAGAUAUACACACCUCCUGAACUGAAGCCAGACCAACCAAUAGUCUGCUAUUUUCAUGGUGGUGGAGGGGUGUUUGGAGGAAUUGAUGAUGACGAUUAUAUCGUCACUCGUCACUGCAAGGACACUGGGCUCGUUUUCGUGAGCGUCGAGUACCGCCUGGCACCGUUGCAUCCGCACCCUGCGGGCUUUGACGACUGCGUGGAUGCCGCAAAGUGGUGCAUUGAGAAUGCGAAGAGUCUUGGAAAUCAGAGAAGUAAAGUGCUGUUGAUGGGCGUCUCUGCUGGAGCCACUUUGGCUCUGGCAACUGCUCUGAAGCUGCUGCAUGACCACAGAACGGGAGAGGUGGAGGGCGUCGUGGCUUGCCAGCCUCUCACGCUCCACCCUGACGGCGUGCCCGAGGAAUUCCAGAGCAUGUACACGAGCUAUGACGAGCAUGCCACACAUACGAUCAACACGAAAGCAGCGAUGAAGACGUUCUUGGGUGAGUAUCAAGAUAGACGUGUUUGGCAUCUGAAGCUAAGCUGGGUCCAGACCUCAUUGGCGCUUCCAAGUCGGAUCGAUACCUCUUCUCGGCUCUCAACUCCCAUAUCAAAGACCUCCCUUGCGUAUAUCUCAACUGCUGUGAAGCCGAUACGCUGAGAGACGAUGCGAGGGUCUUGAAGAAGCUCUUGGAUCGCUACGGGUAAGCUGGCCAUCGGCAGGACUUGGAAUAUGCUCACGAACCCUUCUGCAGCGUCCCCAACGAGUAUGACGAGUAUCCUGGUCUACCCCACUUCUUCUUCGCCUACCCAACUCCAGAACUCAAGGAACUCUCCGCCAACUACUUCGCCAAAACGGCCGCGGGCAUCUCAUUCAUCGUCACUUCUUCAAUCCAAUCCCCCCUUCCUCUCAGCUAG